ACGUGACGUCACUGCUAAGCACCUCUGUAGCGGUGUAGCUUCCGCCUACCAGCCAAUGCAAAAGAGUGUAAAUCGCUCUUAGGAUUUCCUUACUUCAAACUCGCCUCUGGUUGUCACCGCGGGCUGGGCCGACUCUGCUUCAAGAGUCUUUUUUUUUCUCCUCAGAUUGUCCUAUAACAAACUUUCCAAAUGAGUGACGGAGAGUGUGACUUCUUCUGCUUCUUCCGCUGCUGCUGAGCGCACUUCGUAUGCGCUUCAGGCAGACAGGAAGGCAGGGUAUCUUUUAGCAGUAAAGUGACGCGAGAAAGUGGAAAGGAGGGUGGGGAGAAACAGGGAGGUGAGGCUUCAGUCAAGCCAUUUCAGCUCAUUGGACGAGUAGGAUCCGACAGGUAGGCGGGUAGUCUACCUGUCCGGGUUAUCAAAUCAGUCGACUGGAUGUCUGUGGACAUGAAUAGCCAGGCGUCGGAUAGCAACGAGGAAGACUUCGGCGUGAACUCAGAAGAAGAAGAGGAUGAGGACGAUGGAGGAGAAGAGGAGGAUCCGGGUGACAUUGCAGGAUACUACGACGGAGUGGCCAGUGACGUGGAGCAACAGGGCGCUGACUCCUUUGAUCCAGAGGAGUACCAGUUCACCUGUCUGACCUACAAAGAGAGUCAGCGGGUGCUGAUGGAGGAGGUUAACACUGUGGCUGCUGCACUGAAGGUUGUACCAUCAGUAGCAAAACUGAUCCUGGUGCAUUUCCACUGGCAGGUUUCACAAAUACUAGACAGAUAUAAGUCCAACUCGUCUCUGCUUUUGUCAGAUGCUCUGGUCCAGCCCAGCAGCACCUGCAAAUCAGUCACUGCCCCUCAGUCCCUCCAGUGUGGUGUGUGUCUACAGGUCGUACGUAGAGACUCUCUGCUGGCGCUUCCCUGCCAGCACUCCUUCUGCAAAGCAUGCUGGGAGCAGCACUGCACCGUACUGGUCAAAGAUGGCACGGGUGUGGGGAUCUCAUGUAUGGCUCAGGACUGCUCCCUGCAGAUGCCAGAAGACUUUGUCUUGCCGUUGCUGCCAGGAGAGGAGCUGAAGGACAAAUACAGACGCUACCUCUUCAGAGACUAUGUCGAGAGUCACUUCCAAUUGCAGUUGUGUCCAGGUGCAGACUGUCCCAUGGUCAUCAAGGUGCAGGAGCCACGGGCACGAAGAGUGCAGUGUAGCCGCUGCAGUGAAGUCUUCUGUUUCAAAUGCCGUCAGAUGUACCACGCACCCACAGACUGUGCAACAAUUAGGAAAUGGCUGACCAAAUGUGCAGAUGACUCAGAGACCGCAAACUACAUCAGUGCGCACACUAAAGAUUGUCCUAAGUGCAAUAUCUGCAUUGAGAAGAAUGGAGGGUGCAAUCACAUGCAAUGCUCCAAGUGCAAACACGACUUCUGCUGGAUGUGUCUUGGAGACUGGAAGACUCACGGCAGUGAAUACUACGAGUGCAGUCGCUACAAAGAAAAUCCUGAUAUAGUCAACCAGAGCCAGCAGGCUCAGGCCAGAGAGGCCCUCAAGAAAUACCUCUUCUACUUUGAGAGGUGGGAGAAUCACAACAAGUCUCUGCAGUUGGAGGCUCAGACAUACCAGAGGAUUCAGGAGAAGAUCCAAGAGAGAGUAAUGAACAAUCUGGGAACCUGGAUCGACUGGCAGUACCUGCAUAACGCUGCAAAGCUACUGGCAAAGUGUCGCUACACACUGCAGUAUACCUACCCUUACGCCUAUUAUAUGGAGUCCGGCCCACGCAAGAAACUGUUUGAGUACCAGCAGGCUCAGCUGGAAGCAGAGAUAGAAAACUUGUCGUGGAAGGUUGAGCGAGCCGACAGCUACGAGAGAGGAGGCGAGGGGGAGCUCAGCGCCAGUGACAGAGGGGAUCUGGAAAAUCAGAUGCACAUUGCUGAGCAGAGGCGACGUACGCUGCUGAAGGAUUUCCACGACACCUGAAGCUUCAUCGCGACUGCAGAGCACCAGCAUCUCCCUCUUUACUUCCUUCCCUGCCUCCUAACCUUUGCUUCCUUCCAUGGCCAUCCCUCGGUGCAGUCAUGCUUCACCCCCCCCCCCCCCUUUUGCUUCUCUGCACUCACUCAUUGGCUUCUCUCGUUCCCUCCUCCCACUUCCAUAAUGCUGCAGGGCCACGGAGUGGCACGAUUGUAUCGCCCAUUACUCUCCUCAUCCUCACCCCAUUUACAGGUUUUUAGCCUCAGAGCAUCACAUUUACUGCGGUUACACUUGUUUCAGCUUUCAGAUCUGAUGGUGUAGGUCAGAGUUGGAGGUCUUCUGUCAUUUGCUUUGCUUUUAUUUGUCAGUAAACAUAGAAACACUGGCACAUAGCAUUUAAAGGCAGAAUGAAGAUCUGUAGCCGUGAAUGGAAAAGCCUGUUUUUUUCUUUUUUUUUUUUUUUUUUUAUAAACAGAGAUGAGGAAAAGUAGAGGAUUUUUUUUUUUUCUUUAAGAGGAUGGUGCUGAUGGGUGAUUUUACAGAGACCAUAGUAGACUAGACUUCCUUGAUGGUAGUUGUACCUUGCAGGGUUUGCCUGAGCACAUGCAAAGUUUAAAUUUAAUUUCCGCUCAAGUGUUACAUGAAAUUUUAUGGGGCAAGAAAACACUUGGUGUAGAGGUUCUUCCGGGUUGCACUAGAGCUGUUCAGCUUCUAGCUCUCGGAGGGUGAUGUUUUGCUCUCACUGUCGUUUAACAAAAGUUUGUCUAGACAUUCAUUUCUUCUUCACUGGAUUCUGUCACCAGUGUUUUAUCAUAAACACAUCUUCCCUCCAUUGUUUUGUCUUUUGCCAAACCCGGGUUUGCUCCAGUUACUGCUGCCAGCAAAUAGCCUUUAUGGUCGAAGUGAAACUUCUGAAUUAGUCCCGUUCACGUCUGCACGUUCUGAUAUUGUUGCUCAAUUGUGUUCAGCUAAUCUAGGUCCAAGCCCGUGUGAGCGCUUUCUAUCGCAAAUCCAGUAUUAGCACCUCCAGUGAUCAGAUCGUGAAGUUGUUAUGAAGCUACGAGUGUAAUCUCAGCCACUUACACACACUACAGCACCUCCCACUGACAUGGCAUGCACACGCCCACCCACUCACGCUCAAACACUCCGCCGCAGAAAAUGAGCUGUUAAUUUCUCCUCGCCCCAUCUCGUGCUCUCCUCUUUCUUUUCCUUCAUCCCCUCACUUUAUUUUCUCUUAUUUUUUCUUCCUGCUGACAUUGUUUUUUCUGAAGAAUGGCUCUUCAUAGAUAGAUCGUUUUAAAAAAAUUGAAAAAAAAAGAAAAUACCAAAAAAAAAAGCUGUAAUUUUCAACGGUUGUACAUUAAUACAGAAAUAGAGUUACUGAGAGAGUUUUUAAACCA